AUGAGUUUGCAUAAGGAACAAAUAGAAGGAAACUUCAACCUGCUGGUACAUGAGGAAUCAGUUUCAGCUAAGUCAAGCUUCAAGAAUAGUUUGGAUAGGCUCAUCUUGGAUACUUUGUGGUUGCUCUGUAGUGCAGAAAGGUUGUCAGGCUUAGGGUCCAAGAAAGAACUUAUAGAAAGGUUUGCAGCCAGGAUGACAAGCAAAUUGAAAGAGAAAGUAGUAGAAUUUAAUGAUUUAGGGCAGAGAGAGGAAAUGAGAUGUAGUAUGGACCACUUAGAUUCGUGUUGUGAUGCUGAUAUGGAAAGGUUCAUGCAUGAUGCACCAAGUAAUGUGUUGCAAGGUAAUAGGAGCAAGGAAAAGCCUUUUGAGGAGAAUAGCUAUAUGAUGUUAGAGAAAUCGUUAAAAAAAGUAAAGAUGGAGAGACCUAGAGAUCAAUUUGAGUAUGAUGAGUGGGCUUAUACAGUGCGAGUGACCAAAAAAGAGGGCUGGGAUAUAGCAUCAGCUUUAAGUGAUCUAGUUAUUGAGGAUUUUAUGAAAGCGUCACUUAGAGAGAGAUUAGUGCUAGCUAGACAAGCAAGUUCUUAUACUCAGAUUUCACAGUCAUCAGUUCAAAAGCCAUUGUUAGAUCAAAAUAAUGUACCUAUUGGAAAUCCGUUAAUUUCACAGCAACAGGAAUUGAAUCAGAUGUUUCAACAACCUGUUUAUGGGCAAUAUAAUCAGCCAGUGUUUCAAGGAUGGUCGGGGUUACCAGCCUGGCAACAGCAGCCAAAUAUGGGUGAUCUGAGAGAUUCAGAAAGGAAGUCAGAAAGAACCAUUCAGAAACCCAAAUUGGAGGUUUCUAGUGACAAGAAUAGUAUGGUCAGAGAAUUGUUAAGACAUGCAGAUAGUAUUGCUUUAAGGUCUAUAGGUUCAUCUCAAAGAGUUUGUCUAAGUAAAGCUUAUGAGCUAUAUAGGAAAUUUUGUAGUUGGGCAAAUAUUCUAGAGAAUAAUAUGAAUAAAGAUAUUUUGUUUGCAUUUAUAGCCUGGUUGGAUAUGACGGGUCAAAGUGGACAAGUGCAAAGUCAAAGAAGUUGUUAG